GCAACUCCUCCUCGCCCAUGGCCUCCGGAGCCCUAGAGGCCGCGGAGCCCCAAGGGGCGGCGGCUCCUCCCCCCCCGGUCGAGGGCAAGGAGGAGGAGCUCCCCGAGAAAUCAGAGGUGGAGGAGGCAGAUCAAGAGGACCGAGAGAUCGCCGCUCCGGAGGAGGAGGAGGAGGCCGAGGCUUCCGACGAGGAGGCCUCGGCCGAAGAUGGCGACGGGGACGACGACGCCGCCCCGAAAGAGAAGGAGAGCGAGGAGAAUCCGAAAGGAGGGAGCUCCGUGGAGAAACAGGGCGUGCCCAAGAGGAGGAGGAAAUCGAGCGCGGCGAAGGAAGAUCCGGCGACGCCCGGAAUCGAGCGGCCCACCAGAGAAAGGACAUCGGUGGAGCGGUGUUCCGCUCAUGCCCUCGUCAGGACGCCCUCCAGCAAGGGCUUCUCCAUCGAAAAGGGUCGUGGCAUACAGCUUAAGGACAUUCCCAAUGACCAGAGAUGGUGGUAGGUUGGUACCACUCUCAUCCUGGCUUUGGAUGUUGGCUUUCUGGGGUGGACAUCAACACGCAGCAGGUGCCCCAUGGUAAUCAUAUAUCAGGACAAGUUCGUUUAACAAAUACUCCCUCUGUGGAGAUUAAUGGCGAUCACUUGCUUCAAGAGGUUACUAGAAGCAGAAGACCAGUGUAUGAUUUGGACGAGAGGAACUGUCUUGGUAUGUCAAAUCUGGGGACUUCACCUACAACCAUUGACAUGGAGAAGGUUAGAAGGUUUGGUUGCUAGACUUGGUGGAGCCAAGAACAUAUUCUAUGAACUUUUUUAUGAUAACAAGGCUGAUAACGCCUUUUGGUUGGAUAGUUCCUCAAUCGAGAAGGUCUGUCUUGAAAAGGAAGAAUGCACCUUUCAGUUUGGUUCUUUAUUUAUGUCAUUCUUGUGGAAA